AUACCUGACACCAUUUACCAACCUUAUAUAUCUUGAGACUACGUCGGCUUCGCCACCAUGGCUCUCCGAGUCGCUGUGCUCAUCAACACGCCUUGCACGAAUAAAGAAUUCUGGACCGACGUACGGACGUCGUAUUUUGAGGCCUUUGCUGCAGUUGCGCCAACCGCUGAAGUCCAUUGCUACGAUCCAGUCUUUGAAAAAAUAUUCCCCAACCCAGCUAGAUACGACCUGAUUAUUUUAAGCGGCGGCAAGGCGGAUGCCUCGUCCUCGGAGCCGUGGGUCCUAGGUGUGUUGGACUUCUUGCGCAAUACCGUUCGUGAAUUUCCUCGAGCCAAGAUCUUGGGGAUUUGCUGGGGACAUCAGGCUGUUUCGAGGGCGUUUGGCGGGGAGAUUCGGCCUGUUCAAACCGGUCCAAUUGCGGCCAUCCAAGAUGUUCCCUUAACUGAGGCAGGGAGAAAAUUCUUCGCCUUUGCCGCACAAACGGGCUCUUACGUACGCUCACCCACACUGUCAUACUGUGUCAAAGCUAAUACGCAGCACGGGAAGCGAGUCCCCGAGUUCCACGUCCGCGAGGUCUACAAACCAGCACCUGGAUUUACUGCCCUGGCGGAGGAUAACGAGUGUUUCGUCAACGAAGCGAAUACAGUCCUUUCCUUUCAGGCGCACCCGGAGAUUGGAGCCGAUUUAGCAAGGAAAAUGCUUCUGGAAGAGGAUGAUGUUUACAACGGGAAUAUCGCGGCGGCUGAGUUGAACAAGGAAGUGCUGAAGCUCGAUCAGGGGUUGGACGGGCUUCGGUUACUGGAGCGGGUUAUUCAGUGGGUGUACGAGUAGGAUAAAGAGGAUGGGAUUCAUAAUAGAUAGGGAAAUAAAAGAACAUAAUGGAGCCGCAAAAAAUGGAAUACUUUAAAGCACUAACCAUUCCCUGCAGCGCCG